AUGUCCAACUCGUUCAACAACAAUAAUACCUACGAAGACCUCAUCCUUGUGUCUUCUGGCACGAGAAAGAUAUUUCUUGGAGUUUUUGUAGUAAUCACCACUCUCUCUCUCACCGGAAACUGUGCAGCCAUUUAUGCCAUCACUCGAAAGAACUAUCGGAUUUUCCAAAAAACAUGCAUCAUAUCAUUGGCGUUGUCUGAUAUUCUUGGAACUCUAGCUAUAGCUAUAAUCAACCUGAAUACCUUCGUUCAUGAGGCCAAAAUUUGGCCUUUGGGGUCGUUUGCGUGCAAAUUUUUGCCUAUGUGUCAAAUGGGAGGUGUCUUAGCUAGCUCUCUUGCCUUGAUGUUUAUCGCUCUUGACCGGUAUCGAAACGUUGUCUAUGCCCUGAGCAAGAGAUGGAAUCCUAAACUAUGGUUGUGCUUACUAGUAACUGCAGCUUUCUGGUUGGGGAGCUUUGGAGCUUCGUUUCCUCUUUAUACUUAUUUCAGGACUUUACCUUAUCCAACAGAAGACGAUGAAGUGCUUUGGUUGUGUAUUAUGCUUGCAAACAAAGAUACAUUGCGUAACUACUAUGUUAUUAUGGUUUCCAUAAUAUUUCUACCACUUUUCAUUAUUUUUCUCUGGUUCUAUUAUAAAAUCGCAGCUCUGGUCUGGAAACACCGUAAGCCUUUGUCAUACAUUUUCAAAAAAGAAGCACACUCUAAUAACUACGAGAGUACCUCUUCCACAACUGAAUUUAAGAAAAGUCAAGAUGAAAUAAGAGUCGAACGCAAAAUCCGAACAUUCAAAAUUAUUGUUACUUUAAUGAUUGUGUUUAUUGUUUGUCGUUUGCCAUAUUUUGCUAUCCAGAUUUUUAGAACUGUAAAAACGGAUUUGAAUGAUUCAAAAGAAUCGUGGUAUUGUACUUUUUCUUUCAUGGCUCUUCAUAUUGUCAACUGUGCUUUGAACCCACUUUUGUAUACUUUUCUUAAUUCGACGCUAAAAGUUUGGUUUAAAAUCCGAAAUUUGGUUUGGGAGAUUUGCUGUAUUUGUUGCUCAACUGACGAGUUUGAGACUUUUGAUAAAAAUAAUCCGUUUUAUAUUGAGGAGUACGAAAAGAACGAAGGUGGGAAAAAUAAAAACACUUCCAGAGUCAGGUUUAGGUUUUAAAAUUAAUAAUUUAACUUUAUUUUUUGGAUGGGAAAAGGUAGUAAGAGAGUUGCGUUUUCACGAAGCUUUAUUUAAUUUUAUUUUAACAUCAUCAAAAACUAGGCCUACCUAAAUAUCAAAUAUCUAUUUUGUAUAAUGUAUGUACCUACAUAUUUAUAAUACAAUGUUUCUUAUUAUUAUGUGCUGUAAAAUGCACAUAUUUAACACCUCGUACGUGGCAAAAUAAUUUGUUGUUGGUUACAACAACGAACUACUUUGCUAACAAUCUAAUUGUAUACUGUGCUUCAUUUUUGGUAUACAUUGUAAUUAUUUACUUUCGUUUCAUUUUGUAAAAUAAAUCUCUAUGGAUAUUGUUUUAAAUUACCCUGUUUGAACUUGAUUCCACUUGAAACUAAAGUCGUAAAAAAAGUACGAGGUGCCCGAUUUUUAAACAUAUUUACUCUUAUCUAUUGUAAUUAUUUUUUUUUUACAAAUUGCACCAUUUACAGAUUGCAACAUUAAUUUUUAUACACAAUUAUGCCAGGGAUACGUUCCUUUUUGAGAAUUUCGAAAAUUCUUUUAUACAUUUAAAAACGAACGAAUUUUUCGAAAAUAUUGCACUCGAGUAUUUAUCGGUACUGUCUGGGGGGAGAAAAAUCAAAUACCCUGCAUUUCGCGGAUUUUCUAAUUUUUCAUUUGAUAUUGUCUAUUUUGUGCUCGUGCUAAAACAAUAAAUAAAUAAUAUUCGUGCUACUAAAACAAAAUCUACAACUAACACGUGCGCUUUAUACAAAAAAAAAACAACUAAUUAAAAGGAACUCGUAAUAAAAUUGCUUGUUUGCAAAAUAAUUAAUUAAUAAUACUUUGAUAGGAAUGUCUGUUUGUUAUAUGUACAACUUAACAAUUAA